CGGGGCGGGCCCCGCGGCCGCCGACGCCGCCGCGCUGGGGCAGGAGCGGGCGCAGAUGCGUGCGUGGCCGCCGAGCCGAGCGGACGCCCUCCGGGCCGCUCCGCAGCCUGCGCGCCCCCCUAUCAUGCCCGGGGCCGCCCCCGCUGCCAGGACACCAUGCCCGAGGGCGGCGGCGGCGACGGCGGGGAGGCGCCCGGGCUCGUCCCGGACUGCGAGCCGCUGCGGGAGGAGCAGCGGCCCCUGAAACAGUCCCUCGGAGGCUCCCUCUGCCGGGAGUCGCACUGGAAGUGUCUGCUCCUCACGCUGCUCAUCCACGCCUGCGGCGCCGUGGUGGCCUGGUGUCGCCUGGCCACCGUGCCACGGCUGGUCCUCGGGCCCGAGGCCGCGCUGGCCCGCGGGGCGGGGGGCCCGCCGCCCACCUACCCCGCUAGCCCCUGCUCGGACGGCUACCUGUACAUCCCGCUGGCCUUCGUCUCUCUGCUCUACCUCCUGUACCUGGCCGAGUGCUGGCACUGCCACGUGCGCGCGUGCCAGGCGCCGCGCACUGACGCGCACACGGUGCUGGCGCUGAUCCGCCGGCUGCAGCAGGCGCCGCCGUGCGUGUGGUGGAAGGCCACCAGCUACCACUACGUGCGCCGCACCCGCCAGGUCACGCGCUACCGGAACGGCGACGCCUACACCACCACGCAGGUGUACCACGAGCGCGCCGACAGCCGCACGGUGCGCGGCGAGUUCGACUACUCGGCGCACGGCGUGCGCGACGUGUCCAAGGAGCUGGUGGGGCUGGCGGAGCACGCGGCCACGCGGCUGCGCUUCACCAAGUGCUUCAGCUUCGGCAGCGCUGAGGCCGAGGCGUCGUACCUGACGCAGCGUGCGCGCUUCUUCGGCGCCAACGAGGGCCUGGACGACUACCUGGAGGCGCGCGAGGGCCUGCACCUCAAGGACGUGGACUUCCGCGACUCGCUCAUGGUGUUCGCAGACCCGCGCCGCCCGCCGUGGUACGCGCGCGCCUGGGUCUUCUGGCUGGUGUCGGCCGCCACGCUGUCGUGGCCGCUGCGCGUCGUGGCCGCCUACGGCACCGCCCACGUGCACUACCAGGUGGAGAAGCUGUUCGGCGCCGGCUCCCCGCCGCCCGGCGCGGGGCCCAGCGGGCCGCCCCUGUCUCGCGUGGCCACGGUGGACUUCACCGAGCUCGAGUGGCACAUCUGCUCCAACCGCCAGCUGGUGCCCAGCUACUCCGAGGCCGUGGUCAUGGGCGCCAGCACGGGCGCCUACCUGCGCGGCUGCCAGCGCUGCCGCCGCUCGCUCAGCAGCAACUCUCUGCCCCCCGCGCGGCCCAGCGCGCCCCGCCUGCCCUUCAGCCGCAGCCGCCUGUCGCUGGGCGCGGGGGGCCGGGCCACCCCGGGCGUCUUCCGCAGCCUGAGCGGGGGCCCCCUGGGGCGCCGCGGGGAGGACACGGAGCCCCUGGAAAGCCCCCCGUGCUACGAGGAGGCCCUGUACUUCCCCGUGCUCAUCGUGCACGGGGACAGCGGGUGCCGGGGGGACGGGCAGGGCGCGCUCUGAGACGGGCCCCUCCCACCCCGGGCUCCGCAGCAGGAGGGGAGCCGGCCCCGGGGGGUGGGGGGCGGGGGUGGGGUUCACGCACAGACUGGGGUGCGGCGGGGGCACCCUGUCCCGCUGAGUCUGAGCACCACCGGCCUGGCUUGCCCCCGGCACCCCACAUUCUGACCUCCCUCCCCGGACGGCAGACUCGGGCUGGAUGGGGAGGAAGCGGCCGGAAGGCCACGGCGCGCUGGGCCGAGUCCCCGGGCCACUCGCGGACUCCCUCCUGCAUGGUUGAGGCCUGAAGGGCGCCCGCCUGCCCCCAAGAAGCACAAGCUGGUGGUUUGGGGUCCUGCCCCCCCUGGGCCGGCGAGGGGACCCCCCACAGCCAUGGCCCUGCUCCCCCCCCUCAGCCCACCUGUCCCGCCUGUCACCUCAGUUGGCCACCAACCCCGGAUCAGACGUCCCCAUACCAUGGGUCCCCAUACCCUCCUGAGAGCCUGGAUCCCGGGGUACAACCUCACACCACCCUCCCCCCAGUGCUCCCUGGUGCCCCUCAUCCUGGGGGUCCUUCCCAGGGCCCCUCUGCUGCAUCCCCGCUCCUGCCCCCUGCAGCCUACAUCCAUGUCAGCCACGCACACGCCCUCCAGCCUUCGCCCUCUCAUCGCGCCCCUUCGCUGCUCUUCACCUUCCCGGCCGGCGCCCCUGAUUCUUCCUGCGGGGCUUGCCCAGGAGAGGAGAGUGUGGCCCCUUCCUCCCAGCCGGGGCUCCCCACCCAGGGGCUGCGGGGGGGUGGAGGGGGACAAAGAGCUACAGCUGAAAUAAAGGUGUGAGCCGGAA